GGAUGAUUUUUCAUUCUUUCGUAGUCGUUUUGUGAUGUUCGACGCUGACGCUCGUGUGGUUUGAACCAGUGGGAUGCUGUUUCGGUGUGCCGUUGCAUGUCGACAGAAUAGACGAGGUUUUGUCUAGUUACCGUUCGGUUGCUCGCUCUGGAGUGCUUGCUGGUGAUAAUUUGCAAAUCACAAAGAAAAUUAACUGACCAGUGACAAACAGUAAUAAAGCUAAUAGUGGAGUGAAAAUAGUUAUAAAAAACUAAUCUAAAAACCGAAGAGUGACGGUAUAAAAGUGAGUGUAAAGAACACAACAAAGGAAUAAAUUAGAAGAAACAAAUUAAUUUCCAUCAAAGCCAAUCCGGGCAGUGAAAAGCGGCAGUUUUCGGUGAUUCAGGAAGACACAAACAGCUUCGAAAGGAAGCGCUUCUGAUUAAAGAGCAAAGAUCAAAAGGUGUCUGUCUGGCUGUGUAUUGCCGGGCGGGCAGUUGUGGGUGUUGUUUUCCGUUGUUUUUCCGCUCACUCUCUGUGUGGUGUUCCUCGAGCGAGGGGGAAGAAACAAAUGAAUUGUUAUGAUAAUUGGUUUUGAGCCGUAGCGGCGUGUGCGGCGGCGGCAGAAUUCAGACAGACGACGGCAACUCUAGUACGUGAAAAACGACGAUAAACAGAAGGAAAAGCGGUAUCCUCUGCUCUGGGCGCGAGCCGGAAUCGACACGGGCGCAUCCAUCGACGUAGGCCCCAACAAGUGGUGGGUGCGUUACUUCUUUUCGCUUUUAUUUUGAAUUAUUUUUAUUGUUCGCCGUUGUUUGUGUGUUUCUUUUUCCCAUCGAUUUCGACCUGCCAGUUUGAGGUUGUUUGGGCAGUGAUUUAAGCGGCUUCUGCUGUCACGUGUGGUGUGCUCCGGACAUAAAUCACAAAAUCAACAGCAUAGGCAUAUUGAAUAUACAGAGCAAAAGAUUUUCAACGACUCUGAGAAUACAAUUUAAAAGAUCAUCCUUCUGAACAGCAUCCUGGUCCUGAGGCAACAACCACCAUGCUAGCUGAGCUUGCUGGCCACCACUCGCACUAAACAUCAAAUCAGACCAACAAUAAAAAAAAGCAAGCAGUAAUGGACUUUCUAAAGGCUAUCGCUAACGGGCACUACGAGGCGGUCCGCACGGCACUGGCGAAGGUUGACAUCGACUAUCAGGACGAGCGGGCGGCAAAUACAGCCCUUCACGUGGCCGUGACGGCCAAACGCAACCGGACCAAACUGAUUGAACUGCUGAUUGGGGCCGGCAGUGAUUGCGAUCUGAAGAACCGAGAUGGUCUGACGGCAUCUGAGCUCGCGCUGGACUGCGGCUGUCGCAGUGUGGCCGAAUUUAUGAUUCGCAAAGAAUUCGAAGGGUGGACGGAUGAUCGGACAGUCUACCGGCUGGUGCGACGUGGCUCAGUGGAACUGUUGCAAAUCUACCUGGAGAAACGGGCAUUUGAUAUUCACACCAAAAUGAAACUAAUCCGACGGGUGGUGGACGAACUGAACGUGAAAGGGGUGACGAUCGCAGAUCGAAUGAAGGUUUUUCUGGAGUAUCAACUGGUGGAAUAUAGCUAUCGCUAUGGACCGGCUACUGGUGGGGGUGGUGGUACUGGAGGAGGAAGCAUUAAUGUCCGGAAGAAAGGCAGCGAAAGUGGUGAUCAAGAGGCUGAACGACGGGUGGAGUUGAUACUGAACUAUACCAAAUAUUUAAAGGAAAAUUACGGCGGCGAUGAUUUGAACGAUCUUGAUGACAGGUUCGUUCUAAGGCUGCGAAUGAUUUGUGAGUGUUGCUACUUUCUGGAGGACGUCGAGCGGCGACGCGAGCGGAAACUUUACAAACACGUUCCCCUCUCGGAGAUAACCUACUUGAUCGGGGUAUUUUUAGCCAUCUUGGAGAAACACGUCGGCUUCGAGAUUUAUAAGCUUGUUAUUAAUAAAAAUAUGAUUAUGUCGUACUUGGAGGCGGUUUGCUCCGAGCUACAGGCGACAACGGUGGGGGACCGACGAAGGCCAAGCGGGGUCUCCUUUCAAUGGACGGCGCAGCUGUUGUUGGAUCUCAUCGCGUGCAUUCGCGAGGAGCGCCUGCUGCGAUACAUCGCAAGGAGGAAGCGUGCUAGUGUGGAAUUGCAACGGAUUGCUGCGACGCAGGACGGGCAACUGACGGCUGCCGAUCAGGAAAAGGUAAUGAAUGAAAUCCGACAGAAGGAAUUCCUCCUGCUACAGGAUGGUGUUCAAGGAGAGCAUGACAGGGCGAAGUGGUGUGUGGAGGAUUUUAUCCGCAACUUGCAAGGUGCGGAGCGGCAAACAAUCGCGGCUCUGUGGAACCGGAAACAUCCGAAGCUGAGACUAUCGAAACGACAGGCACAGUUCGUGGUGAGCCGUCGAGAACUGAGUAAAAUUAAGCAGCGAACCGUGGCUGAGCUGAGUAGAAAUAAAUUGAAACUCAUCGAGAAGGAAGUGAACUCACGUGAGCUGCAAGCGCUGAGUAGAAAAAUCUGCCGACGGAGUCGGGUUGUCUUUCGGCGGAUACAGAAAAGCUUCGAUCAAAUUAAGCAAAUGUAUACGGUGAAAAAGAUCGCGUACUAUGUGGAAAACGCCAUUAUCGUGGAUAUGGACGUUCUGGCGAACGAAUCACUGUGUAUCUUAGCGAUUAAAAGGGUUCUCCAGUUGAUAGAUGAGUCGAAAAGAAGCUGCGAUCAUAAUCCGGCCUUCGUUCGAAUGUUGGACAAUGUUCUCGAUCAUGUACUGGCUUCGGUGAAGGUUGACAACAAGAACCACGACAUCCGGGACUUCUUCUCGCAAAAGUAUUCUCUGGCAAAGUAUUUCGCUAACAAGUCGCUGGACAUGAGCCAGUACAAACUAAUGCAGGACAGUCUUCGCUCGGUAUAUCGCUUUUUCCUGUACGUGAUAAACAUUCAGCUGAUUGAGGCGUACAAGACGUUCCUGGGAACGGCUUACCGUUUGCGAAAUUUAGCACAGGUAAAAUCAUUCGCCAAGUACGUUGGUGAUCACAAUCUGCACACGCUUAGUCACAUUCAGUUCGAUCACGUGUUCUACAAUGAGGAAGAAACCGCAAACAUCAUACGGGAACUGAAGAAGAUGUACCUGGGGAUGGCGAAUGAGCUGAAGCUGUUGUCGUUUAUCGAGAAGAACAUUCACUUCCGAUUCUACCACAUGCAGUACCACCAGACAAGGCUGCGGGUAACAUUGAGCAAUUUCUCCGUCGUCUAUCGGGCUCUGCGAGCGAAUCCAUGCUUCGAUAGCAUUCGGAAGUUGGUGCAUUCUUAUCUGCACCAAAGCUACCAAAAGUAUGACAUAUCGAAAUCGAUCUCCAUCUCGGACUCGACACUGGCGUUGAAGGAGUUGCUUAGACCGUACGGUAGUGUGCGUGAAAACGAGGAAACAUUGGUGGUGGUACGCCAUCUGGAGCAAUUGCAGGAGCUGAUGGAUCCGGAUCGAUUGUUCGGGAUAAAUCCGGUACGGAGUCGAAUGAAGAUCGACGACGCAACGAAGUAUCAUCAUUUUACGCGCAAAAUCCUGAAGGAGAUGGGAUUACAGCUGAAUGAGGAAGACUUUCGCCAGCUGCACGAAAAGUUACGGCGAACUUAUUAUGAGAAUAUUUUUCUUCUGCAAAAUCGCUACCGAGUGAUGGGAGAAUUUUUCAAGCAGCGUGGCAUUUCCGUUGAUGGAAAAGUUUUAGCUGAGUAUCGUGAGCGGGACGAGGAACUGCUGCAGGAGCUGUUCGAUGCGAAGGUGAACGAUAUUAUUCAGAUACUGGAGAAGUUUGAGUGUUCGACGGUGGACGGUGUGCUGGAGUGUCUGGGGGAACUGCCAGCGUUCGUGCAGAUCGGGUUGGAAUUCGCGCUGCUGGAGUUGCUUGAAAUUCUCGGUUCGGUGAAUGCGCUAGGAAUGACGACCGGAGGAUUAAGGAGCGGUGUGUCGGUUUUAAGCGGGAGGAGUCUUAAAAGCUAUCUGGAGCAGGAUUCGCUUGUGUUGGACCUUUUGGUGUUCAACUCGAGUGCGACGGUCUAUUUGAAUGCUUUGGUGUUUAAGCAGUUCGGAUUUCGGCUGUAUGGUGGAAGCGUGCAGUUACAGGAAGCUCCUGCGGAGCUGGUGGAAUUCGAGGAGAGGUAUAAGGAGCGAUGGACGUGGCUUGAGAUGCAGGAGAUUUUGUACGAGUCGGUGCGAAAGGGUGAUCUACAGUUGCUGAAGGAGAACGUUAGUAAUGGGUCCGACUUGCGUGGCAAACGGUUUGGGGCACUGGUAUCGAAGGAACUUUGCCACUAUAGUUUGAUCGAUUGCGCUAUUGCUGGGAGUUUUAAGGACAUGAUCGACAUGUUGAAUCGGGACUACGAUGAAAUCAGCGAGGAACGCAAACGGACGUUGGAAUUUUUGCUUAGGCGGACCGUUAAAUCACACUUCUUAGUUGGACAGUACUGUAAACUGAAACCCGAGGACCGCAAAAUGCUGGUGCUGUAUUUGUCCAUGUUUCUGGGGGAUGUGGGAGUUUUCCUCAAAAAUUUGGAUCGUUAUAAUGCUCACCAAGAUCUGCAUCUUUUUGUGAAUUCGGAGAAUCAUGGAUUCGUUAGCGAAAUGUUGCAAUGUUUGAAGACAUUCGACUACAAUCGACGCGAUUCGAGCGAUAUGACAAUUUUGCAUAAAGUUGUUAUCUCUGGAAAUUUGCAGGCAGUGGAAGUGCUAGCCCGCAAUAAACGGGUCGAUUUGAAUGCCAUAAACGGUACAAAAUAUACGGCAUUAAAUUUAGCCUGCCGGUUGAAUCUGCUAGAGAUUAGCAAAGUACUUAUCCAGCAUCGGGCUGACGUUAAUGUGAUGAGCGAAGAUGAAAAACUACCCGUCUUCUGGUUGAUUCAGUACCAAAAUCCGAAAGAUAUUGUUUCACUGGCAAUCGAUUCCAGGACAGAGUUAACAUCAUUUUCCAGUGAACUUUGCCUGCUGCACAAGGCCAUCGAAUUCGACAAUUUAGACGUCGUUCGAUACCUGAUCGCCGAUCGGAAAGUGGACCCGACUCGAAUCUACUCGAACUGCAACAAUGUAAUUCACGCAGCGGCCAGCUACAAUCGAUAUCGUGUCCUUGGCUAUCUGCUCACGAACUCGGGCAUCCGCAAGUUGGUCAACAACACCAAUCUGGUGAAAAAUACUCCCUUAAACAUAGCUUGCAAGGAAGGCUUCCUGCGGAUAGCUCGAAUGCUCCUAGCCCAGGAUGUGCGAACUGACACCAGCGGAGAGUACGGCCUAAAUGCAUUGGCUUUUGCAAUGUACACAAAUGGUUUCAAGCUGAUGAAAAUACUGUUUCGCCAUGGGGCCACCAUCAGUUACCCGCUUAGUUCGGAUUUUCAGCCACUCAAUAUGGCCAUCUUGAACCGCAACAUCCCAAUGUUGCACUUUCUGCUGCGGAAUGGCGUCGACGUCAACAGUGCCCCUCUCUGCUUUAUCAACGCCGUCUACUCCCAAUCGAAGGAUAUCGUCCAGAUUCUCAUAGGAGCUGGAGCAAAGCAUGUCAACUAUAAGGAUGAAUUCUGUCAGACGGCACUGCACGUGUGCGUUCAACGUGACGAAUACGACAUUGCCCAGGAGCUUAUCCGAGCCGGGGCAGAUGUCAACGCUAAGAAUCGCUCUGGAACGACUCCUCUGCAUUUGGCGGUUUCGAAGCGUAACGUUCGCUUCGUACAACUCUUGCUUGACAGUCGUUGCCAGCUGGAUUCCCUCGACUACCACGGGGAAACACCCCUCAUCAAAGCAGUCGUGUCUAACAAUCUAAACAUAGUGAAAAUUCUGCUUAACAACGGUGCCAGUGUGGAACGGUUACGCAACAGCGAACCUUCCGUACUGCUUUAUCUGGUUCAGGAAAACUACGAGGACAUUCUGGAUUAUCUGCUCGAGUACUAUCGGUUCGAUCCGAACGAGCAGGACGCGUACGGCAACUCACUGCUGUACGUGGCCACACAGCAUAACCACAUCAACAUCGUCAAGCUGUUAGUUGAUAAGUACCAUGCCCGGGCAGACACGACCAACAACAAGAAGCUAACGCCGCUGAUGAUUGCCCGCGUCAAAGAGUACCGCGAGAUUUUUAGUUUCCUAGAGGCCCGCAGCGUCGCUGCUGAAGAAUAGAGGAAACUGACAGACAAAGCAACCGAUGAUUUCGUAGGAAAAUUGUUUCUUUAUCUAGUUGUGUAGCGUACUAUUUAUUUAACUCAAGUUUUUUUGUGCAAAUUAUUUAUUACUCAAUAGAAGAAGAACACAAUUUUAUGUGCCAUAUUUGUAAGAGAUUCGUUUUUUUUUUGUUUGUUUAGUUUUACCCCACAGUUAGUGAAUUUAAUACGUAGGUAAAUGAACACUCCUCCGCAGUGUAAAGAUAUGAAAUCAUCAUAGAUGAAAGGUGAUCUGCUUCCCAGCUAACAGGGAGGUGAAGUCGGAAGGAAGGGGAGAAAGCCACUAUUUGUAGCCUGUAGCGUUUAGGUUAGGGCAUCGUAACGUAAGCAUAUAUGAAAGCCUAGUUGUGAUUUGGUGUAACUUUUUGUACAUUGAAAACAAAUAAAAUACUCUCAUCCCCAGUUUUCCAAUCAGUAAGUCUAAAACUAAGCAUCCACUGAGAACCUGUAAAUAGCUAAUCCGUGUGACACGGUGCACAAGAGUGGCAAGGGACGAAUCGAUUUGUCUUAGACACAUUCCAACAACAAUAGGAAAAGCAAGUUCAAAGUAAUUUUACAUAGAUUUCUUUCCUUCACUUCUUCUGAGCAGUGUCCGGUUUUUAAGGGUGAAAAACGAGAGAGCGAGAGAAAGAGAGUUAAAAAAAUAAUAUACCGAAUUUCGAAGACAAGUCGAUUCGGAGAAUGCUUCAACCAAUGUACAAGUUUCCGUUUGCCAUCAGAAGAGUGAUAAAAUCAUGAUAUCAUGCCAGAAACCAACUCUGUAGAAUAGCGUUUCUCCAAGCUUAUGUGGCUCUUAUUUUAUCGACAGUGAACAGAAGUGAAAUAAUAAAAGAAUAAUAAAAACACACAAAAACAAAGGUGGAGGAUCAUGUGCCAAUAUGUAGAGAUACAGUCCCACAGCAGUCCAACAAUAAGCGGCUGCGGGUUAAAUUAGUUUAGCAUAACUGUACAAAAAAUAAUUAAAGAAUAAUCUUUCCACCUGUCAUUUUCCAAAAAAAGAGAAAAAGCCAUGAGAUUUUCCGUUUAGUUGAAGUGCCAAACCCCUCCUUAGCCUGUGUUUAGUCUAUUCAAUGAUACUAAGUUAAGGUUCUGUGCCGUACUAAUACACCACUACAUUAGUUGAAUAGCUUCAAAAUAAGCGAUAAAACAUGAUAAACACAUAAAUCAUACGUGCUAUAAUAGUUGGUAUAAAACCAUUGAAAUAUCGUUCGAAAUCUACGAAAAAAUAUGGGAGAAUGAUUGAAUAAUAAUGUAGUUUUGUUACGUUCAGAUCUUAUGUACCUUUUGUAGUUUUAAAAGCGAUAACUAUUGUAAAAUGUGCCACGCAGACCGCGAAAGAAAACAUGUAAAACUAAACAGUAUACAGUAUCAAAAUCAAGCAAUCCAAUCAACAAUACGUCAUUCGUCGACAAAGAAGUAAAGCAGAACACCCACAGUAGAGAGCGUUUUCGACGUUUUGACUGAAUAUUUCGAUAAAGUAAAAAAAAGGUAAUAACUACUCUUGUAACAGCUGUAAGUCAAUCUUAAAUUCAAAUAUCACCCCGAUUCCUAUAUAGACGUACUUUGUCGUGUCCACUGCGGUACAAAUAAAAUGUAUUUUUUGCGAAAAUUGA